AUGGAGCCAAGGGAUCUGGUUGGCUCGUCCCGACCCAAAGAGGCGGAGUUACAGGGAGUCGGGGCGGCACGAAAUGAAGGAGCAGGAGGUAUCGGCUCGGCGCGUAGCGGUGAUGUGAUCCCUGGUGCUGUCGCUGAAGGGGAGGGGCUUGAAGAACAAGGGGAGGGGCUUCUGGAAGAGCAGGAGUUUUCCAUCAAGGAAGCAAGUUUCCAGGAAGGAAGUCUAAAGCUGAAGAUCCAGACCACCAAGCGUACCAAGAAGCCCCCCAAGAGCCUUGAGAACUAUAUUUGCCCACCGGAGAUCAGGAUGACCAUCAGACCUCCGGCUGGAGAAGGCAAAGGAGGGCGCCAGGGGCGAACUGGAGGCGGGCCUGUAUCAGGGCGUGGCCAAAAGGAUGAAGAUAAAGGACCGCCCAGAAAAAGGACAUAUGAGCGCCAGUUCCGAAUUCCUGAGCAGAGAGAAGGAGGCCUGUUGCAACUCCUGGGAGAUCCCUCUCCACCCAAACACCAGCCUCGCAACAUUCUUCCUGCUGCGUCCACUCUCUCCCCUGUACAACCAGUACAGCACACCCUAACACAACAAUUCCAGCACAUUCAGCACCAAGUCAAUCCGGACUGGAUCACAUUCAGAGCACCUUCGGUUUCUCCCGCUAAUCCAUCAGAGUCCGAGUCAGCCGCAGAAUUAAUGGGAGCCAAUCAGGGCGCAAAUGCUGUAAUGGAUUCCAAUGCACCUUUCCCAAGGACUGUGACCCAAAUCCACUCACCACAGAGAUCUUUGACUCCAGACCUUCAAUUGCCAGUUGUUACAGAUGCCAGUAUUCUCAACCUUACCUCUCUCAGCAGGGGGAAAGGUUUGCAGGAAGUUAAUGAGCAGCUCUUUGGGAACAUCAAGAGGAAGUAUGGCAGGAAGGACUCCCAGAAGAUGCUCUCUAAUCCUCACAGUGCUGACACGCUGUGGGGGAGACAGUCCGAAAAAGAAACAGGAAGCCCAUCGAAUUCAGAGGACAGGCAGCGAUAUCGACAAGAAGAGAUGACUGAGCAGUUUCCUGAAGAAAGAGAGGAUAGGAGGAAGGAUGAAAGAGAGCGAACAAUUACUAGUAGAAAAGGUGAUGAAGAGGAAAGAGGAAUCCCUGUACAACCAGAGGAAGGCAAAGGAAGAAAAAGGCGGAGAAAGCCUUCUGUAGAUGAGUCCUUUUCUGUUGAAGAGCAAUCGCUUCAACGACAGGACUCAAACACCACAGGGAAAUACCAGCAUAAGCUUCCGGAACCUAAAGUAGCUCAUAAAAUGGAGAUUCACAAAAAUGAUUCCAGGCUUACAAGUCAGAGUGAUAUCGCUGGAGAGAAGAUAGAGAAAACUGAAAGAACGGAUAAAAGUGACAAAAGAGAAAAGGGAGAGCGGGGAGAAAAAGAUGACUCGGUCAGAAGCGGGACCGAUCCAGAAUCAAAUUUUACUAUGAACAGAAUGAAAAAGAACCCAGUGGGUCGUCCCAAGAUCAGCAUGGAUGCACAUAAACAGAGAGAUCCUACCCUAAACAUUGGCAAACCAAACUUCUCCAUGAGUCCCAGACUCCCGAGUCCAAACACCAGCCUUACUCCUAAAGGUAAUAUGAGUCCAAACCUAAGCCCUAUACCGAGGCCCAACUUUAGCCCCAGAACAAGGACCACCCUGAGUCCUAGCCCGAGCCACAGCACUAUCUCUACCAUAAGCUCCAGAUCAAGCAAGGCUAAGGACAGAUGGUCAUACCUGAAAGCAAAAAGUCACACCAGCAUCACCUCACCCCAAAGAGAUAACUGCAGCAGUCCAUCAAUGGUAGUUGACCCACCGUCAGCUUUCCCGAUAACUCCUUCUAGUCCGCUUUAUACAAAUACCGACAGCCUAACUGCCCACAUGCCCAUUAAAAGAAAACGUGGACGCCCCAAGAAACAACCCCUUCUAACUGUAGAAACUAUCCAUGAGGGGACAUCCACUUCACCUUUAAGCCCUCUCACCCAAGACACCUCUGCAGGGCUAAUGCGUAGGAGGAAGACUACUCCACUAAACUCAGCAAUCAAUACAACAUUAGUACAAAUGGUAUCAACAUCAAAUAGUGCCAAUUCCAGUGGUUUGAAAGUAAAACGUGGCAGAAGUAAUUCAAAGCCAGUAAAUAAGGUAAAGCUUAGAAAGAUGCAAAGCAUUCUGAAUGAGAUCCUGUCAAGCUCCAGUAAGAACAGCUCUCUGAAGUCUCCUUCCGCACCUGUAACCUCUGCUAUGAAUGCCAUGGCAUCAACCAUUGAGGCUCGACUAGGAAAACAGAUAAACGUGAGCAAGAGAGGAACAAUCUACAUCGGUAAAAAAAGAGGCCGUAAACCCCGAGCUGAAACUCAAGGUUUAAACCUUCCCAAAAUAGCAAGGGACAAGCCCUGCACAUCCACGUCUAGUCUCUAUGAGGGCUCUGCUGUGACCGCCCCCACUUCAUCUCCGAGUGCAAAUGCUCUGCCAAUGAGAGCUAACCACUCUGAUGCCACUAUGCCUAGUCUGCAGCCCAUAUCAGCUCUGCCAGCCAAACCAGUGGCUAGAGGUUUCCUCUCUGGGGGAUGGAAACUGUCACCACCUCGUCUUCUAGCUAAUUCACCCUCCCAGCUUUCAGAGGGUGCGUCAGUUAAGGAGGUCACCUUGUCUCCCAUCAGUGAGUCCCACAGUGAGGAGACUAUUCCCAGUGAUAGCGGUAUUGGGACUGACAACAACAGCACUUCAGAUCAAACAGAGAAAGGUCCUGCUUCUCGGCGAAGAUAUUCUUUUGAUCUGUGCGGGUUUGAAGCUGUGGAGGCUGCUGCUUUGGAAGCAUCCGCCAGAGGCAACAGAGCUCGGAGUGAACGACAAGCUGCUGUGGACAACUUCCUUUCCCAGCAGGAGAAGAAGCAAAAACAUAAUCGACGUAAGAGGAAGUGUCUUCAGAGCCGGGAUCAUCUUCAUUUUCUUUCCGAACUUGAAGAGGUUGUAUCAAAGCUCCAACAGCUGCGAGUGUCUCACAGAAGAUAUACCUGUUACCCGCAGAAUCCAUAUCCCUCUAUUUUCCGCCUCAACUUCCAUCAUUAUUAUCCAGUCACCUAUGACACCUACGAAUCCAGUCCGUAUAUUCGUAGGAGUGCUGAUCUAAAGGCCAAGAGGAGACGGGGUCGUCCAGCCAAACCCAGUGAGCCAAUCACAUCAAAAAUACCUUUUGUUCAAGGAUAUGGAUAUCCAAUAGCAGGGGGAAAUUACUAUGCAGCACCGUAUGCCAUGCCUUACGCACCCCAUCUAAGCCUAGGCUAUUUCCCCCCUGCACCUCCGUUCUACCUGCCUCAUCACACCCUUGGUCAUGUUGGCCCAUCACCUUUUAUGAGACCUGCUGCACCCCCUCCCAAGGCUUUCCACCCUAGUGGACACUCAAAGCUCCAGCCAGUGGUGAAACAUCGCAGCAGCAAUGGACAACUUCAGGGGUCCUCAGCAAGAGGGGAUGGAUUUGCAUCCAUUGGCAGUACAAGUGCAGGUGGUCUCGGAGGUAUUCGCCUCCAUAAGAGAAAACACAAGCACAAACAUAAGCACAAAGAUGAACCUCUUCUUUCCCCUCGAGACCGGCAAGAGUUGGGUGGGCUUUUUAGUGGAGCCAAGAUCAGUUCACAUCGUAACAUCCCAAGUGACUCGUCCACCAGUCCUUUAAAGCAUCAGGAGAAAAGGCCCAACAGUAGAGGUUCAAGCUUAGGAUCAUCGUUAGGGAUUUUCGAGUCGGAAAAGCUGAACACUCUUUCUGAUAGCUACUUCCACUUUCGUCAGACUGGACAGCCAAUGAACAGCUUCAUGAGCAGCUACAAUAGCCAAUCACAGCAACAAGAGUCACCUUCCUUCCUCUUCUUGGGGUCACAAGAAAAUGAGUGUGGUUCAAGGAGCAGGAAAAUGAGGCCUACUGUGUUUGGAGAUCAAGGCCUGAUGUCGCUGCAAACUGCCAGGCAGGAGCCAGUACAGAUGAACAAGUGCCCCAGUCCCCCGCUCUCUGGUGUUCCCGGUAAGCGUCGCUAUAAGCGCCGAGAAGUGGAACAGAUCCAGAAGGAGGUGAGGAGGAUGCAUUCUUUGAACUUUGAACAUGUGCAGAAGAUCCUCCGUGCCAAGCGCCUGCAGCGACAAGCCAAAACGGGAAACAACAUUAUCAAGAGACGACCCGGGCGGCCACGAAAACAACCCCCGGCCGGGGAAUCCGUUCUGGCCAACAAGACCGCGGAGAACCGGGCAGACUGUCACGGGUCGGACAUGUCGGUCAGUAAAAGAGCUGAUGUACGGACCCAGGGGAUGCCUGUUCUGGAGAGGUGUGAUGAAACGCCAGGUAGACAGAGCCUUAGGCCCACUUUGACCUCACAGUCUCUGGAUUUUUCCAAUCACGAUUCCAUCUCGGCAACCAUCGAGAAGGUGGUUCACAAAGCCCGGUGCGUUCCUCCGCCUGGCAAAGGAGGCAAACGCAGGGGCAAGGGCAACGGCAGGGACAAUUUAUGGGCGCCCUCUAAUCAAUAG